UAGUGAUCGUAGAUUGCCGGUGACAGUUCAACUUUCCCGAUCCGGCGCCGAUCGUUCUCAGACAGUCUGCUUUUUCUAGUCUCCGCUCAAAAUGUUCACAGGUCUGCAUGGUGAUAUCCAGGUUCAAAGUCCUGUCUAUGGACUAUGGUGAUGUCCAGAUUGGGCAUUUUUAUGUGAUCCUCGAUUAUUCAGCAUGUACAAUCUUUAUAACAUGCACUUCAAGCUCCAUAUAACAAAAGUGUGCAUCAAUGGUAUGAAUAUGACUAUAUAUAGUUAUAGUUCUUUCCAUAAUCUUACCAAUGAGUCCAUCUUUUUGAAGCAGUUCUUCCCACUGAUCUUGACUGUGAACAGUUGCCUGGUGGAUAAAGGCAAAGUGAUUUUAAGGCAAUUUACUUUCUUUUUGCCUAAACUAGUUGUCCAAAUUUUAUUACAUUUUUAAGUGUAAUUGUGAUCUGGUCAUGCAUGUGCUCAGCUCAUUUCGCAGCUGUUCCUGGUUAAAUUAUAUAAGCUGUUCCUGGUUAUAUAGCUGUUCCUGGGAAAGCAUGCAUAAGCUGAUAUAUAUAACUGGUCCAUGCAUGCAUGCCCUGACGAAAAAAAGUCUAUAGGUGGCCUAUAGGUUCCUAUAGGGAAUGUUCCAAUUCCCUAUAGAAGCCUUUAGGCACCUAUAGAGCUCUAUAGGCUUAUAGGCAUCCCUAUAGGUCACCUAUAGAAAAUGUUCCAAUUGCCUAUAAAAACCUAUAGGUUUCCUAUAGAUACCUAUAGGUUGGCCUAUAGGCCAGGCCUAUAGACUAUGGAUAGGUAUUUUCCACUCAAUAAUUUCCAUCAAUAACACCCUUCAACUGUUAUCAAUAUAUCAUUAAUAUAUCUUUCUUUAUACAGAGAUAAUUGCAUGAACGGCAUAACUAAUUAACAUGAUUGUGCAUGAUCGAAUGCCUCAUGACUGAGGGUCUUCCAGGGGGAGGGAGUCAGUGUUCCCUUCGGCUCCCAACAAAGAUGUCACCAUGUUCCCCUUUUCCCCCAAGCGCACAUGUUCCCUUUAGUAAGUCAGGAUGUUUUUUUACUGCUUUGUUCGCAUGUAUAAUCCCCAAUGCAAAAUAUGCCUUCUUCUCUUGUUUUAUAGAAACCCCUGAAAGAUCCUCACGUUUGAUAACAGAGCACAGCUAUAGGGUUAUAGUUUACGGUCACAGAGGAAAACCAGAGCAUCUGAUGGAAAAUCAUCAAAGCACCGACAGGAGAGAACCAUGCAACCAUAAUACUCUAACUUCCUAGGUAAGGUACUCUACUUCCUUAACUUAUGAGUAUCAAUUGAGUACAGAAUUUUUCUGUCCAAAGUCCAAUUAGUUCAAUGUUCACAUUCCAAUAGGAAAAUUUAAAUUCCUAUUGGAAUUCCAAUUAGAUUUUUUUGCAAAGGAAAUUUAUAAUUAAUUUAGAUGUCUUAGAUUUGACAAUAUGUGUACAAGACUCAGUAUGACUACAAUUAGAUCCACACUUGGGCCACAGAAUUAGUGAAAAACCAGGUUGGCAAAGCUUUGUUUAAUUCACCAAAAGCAGGAUGGCAAAAGGUCAGCAAAUUAACAACUCUGCAGUAAAUAGUAAUAUUGCCAAUGAAAAAAGUGAUGGCUGGAUGAAAAUUAUCACCUGUUUCAGUCUGACAUUUUGGCAGUGUAUUAUAUAUUACGUGAUUUAUUGAUUGCUGUUGAAAUGAUCGCGAAUUUAUGCAUGGUUGAGAAAUAUGAAAGAAUGUAGCGUACAUUUCCCUUAAAGUUCAAAUAUGUGAACGCAAGAGCCCUUUAUUCUCAGUGCACAUAAACAAAGUUCAAUUGCAGAUCAGCAGUAUCUUUUCAACCUGACAUGAUAUAGCUUGCCAGCAAUCAGGUUUGCAUUAGCCAAUUGACCGACCUGAAUCCUGAGGCUAGACUUUCCAAAGUCCGCGGUUUGUGGUUCCUGGAAGCGACAGACUUUUGUCACUUGCAAGCGCGACAAAAUCACCGGUGCAUUUUUGCUCCGGUGACGUCAGUGAAUGCUCAUUAUAUUAUUCUGUACUAACGUGAAAUCGACAUGGUGAACGCCCACUAUGUCAUAAUUGAUUUUCGCGCCAAAUUUUUCAGUAAGAUUCAAAAUCAAGCAUUAAGUGACACAAGUCGCUCGCUUCUGUCUUUCUCAAGCAGUCAAGCGCUCCCUUCUUGCUAUGCGUGGUUCCUAGCGAGCGACUUGGGCAAGUCUAUCCUGAGGCCUGAAUUUGUCAUUUGCAGAUGCUCACCAUAUACUUAGUGGAUGCUUGUCUUAAUUACAACUUGUAAUUAAGACAAGCAUAUAGAUUUUUCAAAAAAUCCUGUAGUCAAUUUGGCCACAGCUACGAGAUUUAUAAGCUAGGCGCCAGCACAAUUGAUAGCACAUAUUACAACAUAUGGCAUAUCCAAAUAACAAAUUUGUAGUUGUAUAGCCAUAUUCUGAUAUUCAUAGUCAAAUUUAAAACUCUUUAGCAUGUUUGUACACAUGGGCAUAUUAAUUGUAAUCUAUUCAUGAAACCAUACGAGCCUAUAAUAUAAUAAGCUAUUGUUGUGGCUGGCUGUAGGAAAGGCUUAGAUGUACAAUAUAAUAUUAUAUUACUAACACUGGUAUCGGACUUCACCUUUUAAAAAUUUUGAAGACUUGCAAAACUCUAUAGAGUACUGAAUAUUGCUUAGUUUUUCUUACAAGCAUGUACUUACUAAGUUGUGUUAACUAAAUGUAUAUGACUUGUAUAUAAUUAUGAUCAAGACUCGACAGUAUAUGUAGCAUUUAUCAGACAUACCAGAAACACUAAGUUAUGGGUAUAGUAUAUGUAAUAUGUAUUUCACGAAUAUAUUUUCCAUGUUAAAAACACUUGUAGAGCAAUUCUACAGUUUAGUUGUACUUUAUAAUAUAUGUAUACUGGUACAACUUAUAUGUACCAAAUUAAAAGGCAUAAUCUGCAACACUUGUGUGACAAUGUCAACACUGUAAAACAUAAGGACAAUAAUGCUAUAAUACUUUAGAAAAUAAGCAAUUGAGUAUAGCAAGUGAGUAUAUUUUCAGCCAAGUGCAUUUUCUACAAAUUUUGAAAUAUUUUACAUGCCUGUAGGUCUUUUUGCGCCUCUGGGUUCUUUUUCAAAUACGCCAUUAUUGCAAGUUUUAAUUGUAAGUCAUAGCAUAGCAACAGCCUUAUAUAAUUAAUCAUGGAGUGUUAUAAAGUAAAUAUUAGGUCUGUAAACGCCGGACAAAUAAUAUUACAGCAGGUAGACUAAGCCUAACAUCAAUAUUUAAUGGCAUUAGUUGAAUGAAACUAUAUGGCGGGAAACUGUUCUGCAAAACUGCAAAAGUAGUUUUGGGGAAGAAAGUUUUUAUUCUAUAUUUUUGAGAUUUUAUCGCAUUUAUAUCUAAAAAAGAUACGGUUUGUAAUCGCUUUUUCUCUUUCCAAUUGCUUUUUACAGAAUUACAGUAACAUGAUUUCAGAGCGAUUGCAACAAAAAUGCACACAUGCAGAUACUGUUGUUGUUUACAUUUCAUAAAAUCCAAUUAUUGUGUGAGCAAUCGCCGAAAUAUUCACGUACUAUAUUCGGUAUUUUGUAUGAGGCAAACUGAUACGUUUUCCCUGUGGAAUAUUUUGUCAAUAAAAUUAAACAAACCAUGCAAAACUUACAGUUUACAAGUGGUUUUAUAGAAAGGUCAUCGAUUGCAUUCAUUGACAAUUUCCAGGCACUUUCUAUUCAAAUUUUAAUACCUUUUACAGUUAAAAUGUAAACAGAUAAGAUUAUAAUUAAACAGAAAAGUAUUAAAACAUACUUGCAAUUCGGUUUUCUUUCCUUUAGACAUUUAUAUUGGUCUCUAAAAAAUUGGCGAAAUUUUAACACUUCACUUCUCUAUUUUUGUUUGGCUAAUUGGCUGCUCGCGUUGUUGCUAUGGUAACUGGGUACAACUUAAAGUAGCUCGCCUAGCGUUUCUCAUAUCUUUUCUUGCAUACAAGACCAUACAAGAUAAUUUGGGAACGGAAAAUGCUGGCUCGAUAGUAAAGACAAUUGCAUCUAUUUUAAAUGUUAGCAUAAAAAUAUCUUGUGAUAAUUUUAGUAUUACAUAUUGAAACGGAAAAUGUCGUAUGAAUAAAGCAUAUAAAUUUAAUUAAGAACUUCUUAUCAAUUUUUCAAGCGAGAGAGCUGCACAAUCAGCUUGCAGUGUUGAUAAAAAAUAUUUUAAAUUAUUGAAGAACCGCAUUUUAUUUUAUCAAUCGGUGGUUUGUGGGACCUGCGGGAAUAACACCCUUUUAUCAUCAGGUGUAACAAGCUACAGGUGAAAAGGUCGGAACGAUUUCGGAAAAGAUCGUACGCGUUCGGAAAGUCCAGACGUAUUUUACAAGAUAUACAAGACGAAGUUUUGGAAAAUGGUUUGUGUGAUUUUUUGUACUAUUUCACUGCAUAUUUUGACCAAAUUUAACAAAGUUUACUUGAAUAGUACAUAUACAUCAUAUUCCUUCGUUUUUUUCCCACAGAUUCGGUUCAUUCUGAUCCAAAACCGGGCGGGGAAAACGCGACUUGCAAAAUGGUACAUGAAUUUUGAUGAUGAUGAAAAGCAAAAAUUAAUCGAGGAAGUACAUGCUUUAGUCACGGUGCGAGACGCUAAACACACAAACUUUGUUGAAGUAAGUCUUUAAUGAUGUUAUUUUGUUUAAUGCAUCUGUUUUGUUUGAUUUCAAUCAUCACAAAUUGACCAAUAUAUGAUUAUUAUACAUUAGUUGCAAUAUUUUCACAUGUAUGAUAUGAAAAUAUUGCAAAUAUUUAAUAAGUUGUUGGGGCUAAUAUGAAUAGACUAACACAAACUAACUUUGACCUGUUUCAGAUGCCGUGCUUCAUGUGUUUCCAAUAAAAAGUUGUGUAGCAAGCAAAUAUUUAAUUAUUUUGCUUGGAGGGACAAAUGUCCAACCAAGACAAAAAGUGGCAGUCUGUCAUUUAUUCGUUUUUGUCGUACAGUUUUUCUCAUAUUUGUUACAUUAAGCCCACCGCACACGAGCGCACUUGUCGCGCGUACUUGUUAUUCGUGACAAGUUGGAUCGACAAAAUUUCCUCGUGUGCGGGCAACAUUUACGGCAUUUUCGUUCAUUUGUGACAUGUAAACCAAAUAUCAAACAUAUUCAGGGCGCGAAAUAACGGCUGGAGGGACGCCGGUCAAGGUGACCGGCCAACUCAAUUUUAGCUCGGACAUACCGUAUUUCUGGCCGGUCAUAUUAUUCAGCUUAAAGCAAAGCCUAGUAAAGUAUAUCCCUAAAAAUGUGACUAUUUUCCCGUAUAGCAUUACAAAAAGCCUUACUGUAAUCAGUAAUUAAAAAGUCCUUCACAUAAAACAACUUGCACUGCGCUAACUAAUAAUUAACUCUUAAGCCAAAAGCAUGGCCAUGGGCUUUAAUUGUGACGUACUGCGUGGGAAAACUGGCGUACAUUGCAUUUAUUUUCCCGCAAGAUAUUGGACAACAUGUUAUGGUUCUUAAUUAUAAUGCUUGACAACAUUGUUUUGAUUAUUAAUUCAAAUGAAGAUUAGUUGUUUGUUCUUUUACCAAAAGUAAUCGGUCAAAAUGACCGGCAAGGUAAGAAUUUGACCGGACAAUUCUGCAUUCUGGCCGGACAUUGUCCGUUGACCGGCCGUUAUUUCGCGCCCUGAACAUAUUUGAUAUUUUCCGUCAUUUGUGACAAAAAAAUUCUCGUGUGCGGCGAGCAAACAACAAGCGCACCUGAAUAGGAAAAUUUGCACGUGUGUGCUCGUGAUUUUGAUCCGCCAUGUUGUUUUAACACCUAGUUGCACGCAUGCGCAAAUUUUCCUAUUCAGGCACGCUUGUUGUUUGCUCGCCGCACACGAGAAUUUUUUUUCACAAAUGACAAAAAAUAUCAAACAUGUUUGAUAUUUGGUUUACAUGUCACGAAUGAUGAAAAUGCCAUAAAUGUUGCCCGCACACAAGGAAAGGAGCGAUUAUAGAAUACCCGUCCAUUUUUCAAGAUAUACUUGUUAUCAUGAUACGAUGAUACGAAGUGAAAUGAAGUGACGUAAUUAUUAUAAGUGCGCGUUGUUUAUUAAGACUGGGCAAAGUAUAUUUUUCAAUGAUACGAUGAUACGAAGUGAAAUGAAAUGACGUAAUUAUUAUAAGUGCGCGUUAUUUAUUAAAACUGGGCAAAGUAUAUUUUUCAAUGAUACGAUGAUACGAAGUGAAAUGAAGUGACGUAAUUAUUAUAAGUGCGCGUUAUUUAUUAAGACUGGGCAAGGUAUAUUUUUCAAUGAUACGAUGAUACGAAGUGAAAUGAAGUGGCGUAAUUAUUAUAAGUGCGCGUUAUUUAAUAAGACUGGGCAAAGUAUAUUUUUCAGUAAUACGAUGAUACGAUGAUACGAAGUGAAAUGAAGUGACGUAAUUAUUAUAAAUGCGCAUUAUUUAUUAAGACUGGGCAAGGUAUAUUUUUCAAUGAUACGAUGAUAUGAUGAUACGAAGUGAAAUGAAGUGACGUAAUUAUUAUAAGUGCGCGUUAUUUAUUAAGACUGGGCAAGGUAUAUUUUUCAGUGAUACGAUGAUACGAAGUGAAAUGAAGUGACGUAAUUAUUAUAAGUGCGCGUUAUUUAUUAAGACUGGGUAAGGUAUAUUUUUCAAUGAUACGAUGAUACAAAGUGAAAUGAAGUGACGUAAUUAUUAUAAGUGCGCUUGCGAAGAGUUUAACAGUAGCGAUGAAGUGACACUGUAUGACAUUCAAUCGGUUUAUUGUGAUAUGAUCUUGACAGGCAGAUGAUAAAUGAGGUAAUUAAGUAAGGAAGUUUGGUAAUAGGAGAGGUUGUUACAUUGCUGAAAUGUUAGUGAAAGGAGAAAAAGCAAUUUGAAAACACGUUACGUGAACAAGGAAUACACGAUAAUAGUGAUAUUUUGCGUGUUUUUUUGAGAACGAACAAUACACUAUAAUAGUGAUAUUUUGCGUGUUUUUUUGAGAACGAGAAAUACAGUAUAGUAGUGAUAUUAUGUGUGUUUUUAUUGAGGAGGAAUAUACUAUAGUAGUGAUCUGUUGCGUGUUCUUUUAAGAAUGAGGAAUACACUAUAGUAGUGAUAUUUUGCGUUAAUUUCACUUCGUAUCAUCGUAUCACUAAAAAAUAGCUUGCCCAGUUUCACUAAAUAACCGGAAUUUAUAAUAAUUACGUUUUUUAAUUUCACUUCGUAUCAUCGUAUCACUCAGUGAAAAAAUACCUUGCCCAGUCCUAAAAAAUGACGCGACUUAUAAUAAUGACGUCAUUAUGUUCACUUCGUAUCAUCUUAUAGGCUUUUUAUAAUAACUCGCUACUAAAAUGAUUACGUCAUGACUUUCACUUCGUAUCAUCGUAUCACGAAAAUAAAAUAGUCACAAAAGUGGACGGGUAUUCUAUAAUCUAGCCCAAGGAAAUUUUGUCGAUCCAACUUGUCACGAAUAACAAGUACGCGCGACAAGUGCGCUCAUGUGCAGCAGGCUUUAUGUCUGCUAUGUAAGCUGUGAGAAAUAGAAAACAUGCUGUAGCAUGUUCAUAUUUUAUGCAACAUGAUUACUCGAUGAUGGGGUCUGAAUUUCAGCUCAAGAAUGAGUGUUUAUAUCCCUUUACAGUUGAUUUCACAAAACUUUGACCACAAAUUUUCCGAACUUCGUUGCGAAGUUCACAAGAUUGUUGCAAAGUUCAAAAGUUCAUAAUGAGAUUCACAAACCAGUUCGUAAACUACGCAUUUGAUUGGCUUCUUUUACUUCACGGACCAAUCAGGGACUUUGUUUACAAAUUGGCUUGUGAAUUCCAAUAUGAGCUUCCGAACUUCGCAACGAAGUUCGGAACAUUUGUAGUCAAAGUUUCGUGAAAUCGACUGUAAGGCCAUGGGAAUGAAAGUCAUAGAUUUGCAUCCAGGUAAUUUUGAAAAAGCAUGCAGCUUUUUUUUUCAUUCAUUAUUUUUUUACCAUUCUUUUGAGUGGUAAAUACAGAGAUCAAAACACAAAUUACCGUUUACUAUGUGGAAUUACAUACAAUAUUAUACCUCAAAUUCAAAUUGUCCAAUGAAAAAACAGCAUUUGUACCACGUGAUAAUGUGAUUUUUUACGAUAUUUCACUCAAAUUCACGAUUUCGCAAUGCAGCAUGAGAGUGAGAUACUAUAAUAUCCCACGCCAGAUCCACCGUGGGAUAUUAUAGUAUCCCACGCUCAUGCGUGACGCGUGGACACCACGCUCUGAAACGAUAUGGCGUAUGCGAGCUGUUGUUUGUAAUUUCGUACAGCAGAUUUGAUUUAACCAAAGAUUUUCAAGACGUACAGUAUGUUACCUUUAAUGAUCCAAAGGAUACAUACUCAAACAUUUUAAAGAGGAAACGUCAAAAACUCAGGUAUACAUAAGAAAUUAAAAAUUGUAUUCGCGUAGUUAAUAUUCAGCAAGUUUUAAAGUUUAUUCUGAACUUAGUGAGUUCUUUAACUUUCGGUAUAAUAUAUCAUUUAUAGACCCUCUGCUCGUGGGAUUCGGCGAUAUUUUCCUCAGUGAUGAUAUUUUCCUUGGGGCAAAGCCCCUCGGAAAAUAUCAUCACUUCGGGAAAUAUUACGCCGAAUCCCCCUCGCUCCGGGUCUAUAAAUGAUAAGUAUAUCAUGAGCUCACACGGUUGCAGCACUGAAGAUAUGUGUGCCAAUUUCGCAAUUUCGUUGAAUAUAAUUUGGAAUUUCAUAGAAUUUGGAUACUGAGGACAAACAUACUGCAAUAUGUUCAUUUCAUUGUAAUCAAUACACAAUUUUAUUGCUAAUUUUAUUGAGUUUUGCUUUAUUUGUGAAAAUAAUGAUAUUUUUUUUUGUAAAUAAUGAAAAUUUUGGCUGUAGCUUUUGAGGCAUGCGAGCAGUGGACUAUGACUUUCAUUCCCAUGGCCUAAGUGGCAAUGCGCCCAGAUGCGCUCUACUUUAUUAUUUUACUUUGUCUAAUGCCAGACAAUUUUACUUGUCAGGGGGAGAGUGCUGCCACUCAAUGGGUUAAUAAUUUGAUGAUUGCAAUAAAUGUUUAAAGCUCUUUCAAAUAACUAGACAAAAAAUAUACCAUUGAUGGAGCAACAUUUAAUCUUUGGCAUCGGUCCUGGUCUGUCAACAUUCACUGGACACAGCAUUUGUUUUAGUAUUUCCUUUCAACUUCUGGAUGAUAAAGUCAAGUGCUUAAUGUUUUGCAUGCAAUAAAAUUGAUUUAACGGUUUUGAGUAUCUCUGUGAUAAAUGCUAGAAUUGCAAGAUCUGUGUUGAUUGUAAAGCAAUCGGAGUUAUUGACAGAAACUGGUCCCAAAACAAACACUAACAUUACAGUCAAAAUUUAAUCGCACUUUUUUCUCAAUGUAUUUUGACCAAAAACAAAUUCGACCAAAUUUCAAUAUUGAUGAAAGACUGUGUAUUUUUUCAAAUGUUAGCGUAUUCACUCUUAAUAUUUCCUUUGACCAACAACAAAACAUUUUGACCAACUUUUUAAUGUUUAGUAUCAUUGGGCAGUGGCACACCACCCUCAAGCCCUGAGGUGCAAUGCAACUUAGUGGGUUAACUAGACAAUAUGGUCACAUAGUCUGAUUAACUCAUUAAGUGCCAGCACUCUCCACUUGGCAAGUAAAAUCAUUAGGACACAAUGCAACUUAAUGGGUUAAUGAAAAUAACAAACAUUCUUAGACAACUGUGGAACACAAUAACAAGACCUUAUUGUAAAAUAUAUGAAUCUAUUGUGUGUAAUUGCUACCAUCAAAUACAGAUUUGGAAGGCAAAAAUAUGAUAAUCAGCUAAUUAAAUGCGGACAUUUUCAAGUGGCUGUCCAAAUUCUAACAUUGGAGCCCACAGGGCAGCUGGACAGUAUGGUGAUUAUAACUAUUAAGUUUCAUUGUGCUCUAAUGCGAUGAUUUUACUCAUCUAGGGUAGAGUGUUGAUAAGAACAUUAAACUUUAAAUAAAAAUUUACAAUCAGAGAACGUUUCAGAAACUUUAUUAUGAAUCCUGGUCACCCAUCUAGCAUUUUUAACAAAACAAAGUACAGUACUUACUGAUCGAAGCUUACCUAAUAAUGUAUUUUCCUUUCAGUUCCGGAAUUUCAAGAUUGUUUAUAGAAGAUACGCUGGGUUAUACUUCUGUAUUUGUGUUGACGUCCAGGAUAAUAACCUCUAUUACUUAGAAGCUAUACACAACUUUGUUGAAGUAAGUCAGCUUCAUUGUUUAAUAUUCCAAAUUUCAGAAAAAAACUCAAAGGAGAGGCCACUGGUGAUCAGGGGUGGACCCCUCGGGCCAGAGGAAAUUUGUGCCCCCCCUUACUACGAUAGACAAAAUUUCUGUCACUUAUAAUUUAUUUAACUUGUAAUUUAUAACACGAUGGUUUUAUGCCAAAUGACUGAAGUUCUUGCUCCAGUAUAUAUGGAGCUCACUGCUGGGCUUCACUAUUGUACACAGAAAAACACAAGGUGUACCCCAAUAGUAUCAAAGGAACAUACAAUAAAGUACACAUAAUACAGCUCUGUUGUGUUUUCUUGAAAUUCCUUCACACAACAUGUAUUCUCCGAUCCGAAUCUGCAUCAUCAAGUUUCCAGUUUACUAUCUACAGCACAAAACUGUCCCAGAAUUGAAAUUUUCAUACUCAAAUGAGUCAAUAGUGUACCGAAAUUUAUUUUAGACUGUCAGCUCGUGACUUGACUGGAAUUUGCUACUUGUGUUAAGGCUCAUCUUCUGAUGCUUUGAAAACUCAUUAAACGUUUUAACCCUGUACAGAUAAGCAAGAUUUGUUGACAAGUUUUCCUCGACAAGUUUUGUUGUAAUAUUAAGUUGUUAAACAGUUGUAUCUCGCGUCAAGGCUGCCUUUUUUUGCCAAAACCACAAAAGUACUUUUGCACAAAUGUCAAAUUUUCCUUGCCAGCCAUACACAUUAACAAGUUUUCCUUGUCCAAAAGCUGGAAUGACUAGCUUUGGGACAAGGCUACUUGGCAAACAAUUUUUUGAUUAACAAUUUUUUGAUGAGCAAAUAAACCAUGGGACAUAGUCUCGUUUGUGUUUUGCCACUUUUGGCACUUUCCUCGUCUUCUUGUACAAUGUAAUUGUCCGUUUAAGUUAUGUAAAUAUUCAGUUUUUUAUGUGCCAAAUUAAAGUUGUUAAAUUAAACCUUGUCAGGGAAAACUGUACGGUUUAUAUAUGCCCAGCUUUAUAUACGUCCCACCUCGCAGGGCUCUCAUGAACUGGUAGCCAGCCAAAACGACUGGAUGCUUGCCUGCAUGUAUCUGCAGGUGCCUACUUUUGACUCAACAAAAUUAUGCAAACAAAACUUAAGCAAUAGACAGUAAAAUACAGUACUUUCUUCUUUUUGUCUCCUCUACUGCAGAAUAUCAAAAUUGUGGCAAAAGAUUCAAUCAUCUAAACUGGUCAGGCUACGUCUUGAAAAGUACCAUUUUUUGCACAUUGUAUAGAACUUUUGUAAUCUUCAGAAUUCUGUAAAAUCGCAUCCCAAAAAAUCUCACAGCUUGUCAACAAGAUUUGUUCACACAUUUGUUCCCAGUUGUUGACAAGUCUGGAACAAGUUGUUAUCAUCUUGUUGUAACAAGGUUGAUGAGGCCAACAUACUCGCAACAAGUUGUUCCAAUAAGUCUGAUGCAACUUGUUACGAACACCUCGUAUUAGUCUUGUUGGAACAACCUUGUAACAAGAUGAUAACAACUUGUUUCAGACUUGUUACAAUAACUGGGAACAAGCAGUGCGAACACAUCCUGAUAUCGACUUGACAGCAAGCUUGUUACAACUUGUUUGAAGAUCUGUAACAGUUUGCGUGUGUAGGAGCCUUCGUCGUUUUGACCGUAAUUAGCACCCUGCAUUUAUAUUAGCAUGGUCAUAUGCAUGCAUCUAAAUUUAAUGACAGCUCUCUGCCUCUCAAGAUAUUUCUGAAGUAUUUUUCACCCCCUGAAAGCCCAUCAUCAUAUACACUAAUCCAAUCUUAGCCACUGUUAAUUGAAAAUGACAACAUGCCUUAUUUUCAUUUGAAUAUUGACUGGAAAUGUGAACAUCAUUACUGCCAUUUCAAGCUCAAGUGAAAAGCGCUGUAAAUACAUAUUGGUGAAUGACAUUUUAUUUGCUUUAGGUUUUGAAUGAAUUCUUCCAUAAUGUAUGUGAACUUGAUUUAGUUUUCAAUUUUUAUAAGGUAUGUAUGUGUAUAUGUAAUGACUGUUUGUCCACUCCAAUUACUAUUACUAAUUGAUUGACUGUACUGUUUAUUGCUCUCUUGCUCCAGUGAAAAUCUACCCCCCCCCCAAACUCCCCCCCAUAUCAAAAAUCAAAUAGUCUAACCCUAACCUAACCCUACUCCAAGUUUGUUUCUAAACAAUCUUGAAAAGAAAGUUUUGAUGAAAUGUCAUUCUGAGGUCAGCGAAAUAACUUCUUCCAACAGUAAAGGCUAUUAUGCUAGUUAUCCAUUCCGAUGUUGAUGAUAGAGUGUUAAAACAAAAUUUACAAAUUAACUUUACCAAUGAAAAAUCAGCCCAAAAUUAGUAGGAUACAUAUUAAUUUUUUCUGUGUUGGUGUACUGAACUCAGGUGAAUAUAAUGCUUGUGAUGUUACUCUGAGUGUAUAUCCACACCGGGCAAGCUUGAAAAAUAUGCCUGGCCACGGUGGAAGUCGAACCUACGAUCUUUGGAAUACUAGCCCAAUGCUCUGCCAACUGAGCUACGCGGUCAGGUCGGUUCGAAAAAAAAAUCAUGAUUACUAGAUUGCAUCGAUAUCGAAGGAACUAGACGACGAAAUAUCAUACUCGAACCGACCUGACCAGAUAGCUCAGUUGGCAGAGUAUUGGGCUAGUAUUCCAAAGGUCGCAGGUUCGAUUACCACUGUGGCCAGGCAUAUUUUUGAAGCCUGCUGAGUGUGGAUAUACACUCAGAGUAACAUCACAAACAUCAUAUUCACCUGAGUACAUUACACCAACACAGAAAAAAUUCAUGAUUACUAGAUUACAUCGAUAUCGAAGGAACUAGACUCAGUUCCAAAAUAUCACAUACUCGAACCGACCUGAUCGACCGCGUAGCUCAGUUGACAGAGCAUUGGGCUAGUAUUCCAAAGGUCGUACAGUAGGUUUGAUUCCCACCGUGGCCAGGCAUAUUUUUCAAGCUUGCCCGGUGUGGAUAUACACUCAGAGUAACAUCACAAGCAUCAGGAUACAUAUGGUUUGAAUGCCUUAAAAAAGUGAGAGAAUUACUACAUUACAUAUAUUGGGGGACGUUUGUACCCCUCCAUGCAUUUCAUAUCAAUUUUUGCUAGUGAUGCACCGACAUGAAAAUUUACCGAUAUUCCAACAACCGAUGUCCAAGGGCAGAUAUCAGCCCAUACGGCCAUACCGAUAUUCUACCGUAAAUGACAUUUGAACUUACUAUCGAAAAGUCAUCAUAACCAUGCAGGAAUCAGAAUCAUUUAUUAAUUAUAUAUACAGUACCAUAAUUACCAUUAUGAGAAGAAAAGAUUAAAACAUAGUAGUAGGUACAAGCUAACUGUAACGACCAUGAGGCUGAACAAGACAGCUAUAACAACAAUAAUUUAACAGUGAUUAAUACAUGCAAUAUAUUUACAGCACGAAAUCGCUAGUAAGACAAAAAAUUUAGAAAAAAAAAUUACAUAUUAGAGUAAGACUGCAAUAGUACAUUUUUUAAUUCUUGUUUAAAUUUAGACUUUCCAAGAUUUUUAAGAUCUUCAUUAAUAUCAUUCCACGUCUUUGGGCUAGCAAAUCUAAUACUAAAUUUGCCGGGGUGCGAUAAUUGAAAGAUUUUUAGUCGUACCUUGCUUGUACGCCAAAGACUAUUACCGCGUACCUGCGCACUUUACUUACAAACUUAAUACUCACUGUGUACCUCGUCUUUAAAAUAAAAUAAAAUACAAGUUUCUGAAAGAUAUUCAAACUAUGAGUUAGAACAAGAAGCGCAGUUGCAUAUACAAACACUACAAUUUACUCCAAUAUUCCUGAGUCCCAUGCAUCAGUUCAAACAUGUUUCAUGCCAAGGCAUGUCAGUCUUACACAUACAGCUAUUUCAAUAGACCUAUUCCCUAAUGAACAAAAUUUUGAUUUAGACAAGUCUAGACAAACAUUUCACCACAGCUUGAAAGAGCAUCACUAAAUUAGUAAUAUUCCGAGGUUUCGUUGCGAAAUGUUGUAAAAUGCGGAUAAUAUAGCACUGCGAAGUUUGCCGUUUUUCAGUCAUUUUGUAUUGCGCACGGGAAAUUGAUACCACUUUCUGGAAAAAAGGUAGGAGUUAUAUCUAUAUAUAAUCAAUCAAUAAGUCAGUUAUUUUGUGGGAAGAGCCGUGCCCAGGCAGAGGAAAAGAGUUUCCUAUAAGCUCUUAUGUAUUUCUUAUGUCUCAAUGCAUAGAUGAGGGCCUUUGCAAUCGAGUUUAUUCCAACCAGCUGGAGAAUGAUCAAAUAUGCAGCGUGUGAGAAACAUGAAUCAUAGUCAGAAGUACAAAUCACGUUCGCGACAAUAUAUGGAACAAAACAAAUUGUCAAGAUUCCAACGAAAAUGGCGAAUGUCUUCAUAGCUUUCAAUUCCUUUUCCAGAUGACGUAACCAAGUCAUGUUUUCCUCAGACUGUACUUGUUCUGACUGUACUUGUUCAGACUGUACUUGUUCAGAGUUCAGACUGUACUUGUUCAGACUGUACUUGUUCAGACUGUACUUGUUCAGACUGUAUUUGUUCUGACUGUACUUGUUCUGACUGUACUUGUUCAGACUGUACUUGUUCAGACUGUACUUGUUCAGACUGUACUUGUUCUGACUGUACUUGUUCAGACUGUAUUUGUUCAGACUGUACUUGUUCAGACUGUAUUUGUUCUGACUGUACUUGUUCUGACUGUACUUGUUCAGACUGUACUUGUUCAGACUGUACUUGUUCAGACUGUACUUAUUCAGACUGUAUUUGUUCUGACUGUACUUGUUCUGACUGUACUUGUUCUGACUGUACUUGUUCAGACUGUACUUGUUCUGACUGUACUUGUUCUGACUGUACUUGUUCAGACUGUACUUGUUCAGACUGUACUUGUUCAGACUGUACUUGUUCAGACUGUACUUGUUCAGACUGUACUUGUUCAGACUGUACUUGUUCAGACUGUACUUGUUCAGAGUUCAGACUGUACUUGUUCAGACUGUACUUGUUCAGACUGUACUUGUUCUGACUGUACUUGUUCAGACUGUACUUGUUCAGACUGUACUUGUUCUGACUGUACUUGUUCUGACUGUACUUGUUCUGACUGUACUUGUUCAGACUGUACUUGUUCUGACUGUACUUGUUCAGACUGUACUUGUUCAGACUGUACUUGUUCAGACUGUACUUGUUCAGACUGUACUUGUUCAGACUGUAUUUGUUCUGACUGUACUUGUUCUGACUGUACUUGUUCUGACUGUACUUGUUCAGACUGUACUUGUUCAGACUGUACUUGUUCUGACUGUACUUGUUCAGACUGUACUUGUUCAGACUGUACUUGUUCAGACUGUACUUGUUCAGAGUUCAGACUGUACUUGUUCAGACUGUACUUGUUCAGACUGUACUUGUUCAGACUGUACUUGUUCAGACUGUACUUGUUCUGACUGUACUUGUUCAGACUGUACUUGUUCUGACUGUACUUGUUCAGACUGUACUUGUUCAGACUGUAUUUGUUCUGACUGUACUUGUUCAGACUGUACUUGUUCAGACUGUACUUGUUCUGACUGUACUUGUUCAGACUGUAUUUGUUCAGACUGUACUUGUUCUGACUGUACUUGUUCUGACUGUACUUGACUGUACUUGUUCAGACUGUACUUGUUCAGACUGUACUUGUUCUGACUGUACUUGUUCAGACUGUACUUGUUCAGACUGUACUUGUUCAGACUGUAUUUGUUCAGACUGUACUUGUUCUGACUGUACUUGUUCUGACUGUACUUGUUCAGACUGUACUUGUUCUGACUGUACUUGUUCAGACUGUACUUGUUCAGACUGUACUUGUUCUGACUGUACUUGUUCAGACUGUACUUGUUCUGACUGUACUUGUUCAGACUGUACUUGUUCAGACUGUACUUGUUCAGACUGUAUUUGUUCAGACUGUACUUGUUCAGACUGUACUUGUUCAGACUGUACUUGUUCAGACUGUACUUGUUCAGACUGUAUUUGUUCUGACUGUACUUGUUUAGACUGUAUUUGUUCUGACUGUACUUGUUCAGACUGUAUUUGUUCAGACUGUACUUGUUCAGACUGUAUUUGUUCUGACUGUACUUGUUCAGACUGUAUUUGUUCAGACUGUACUUGUUCAGACUGUAUUUGUUCUGACUGUACUUGUUCUGACUGUACUUGUUCAGACUGUACUUGUUCAGACUGUACUUGUUCAGACUGUACUUGUUCAGACUGUAUUUGUUCUGACUGUACUUGUUCUGACUGUACUUGUUCUGACUGUACUUGUUCAGACUGUACUUGUUCAGACUGUACUUGUUCAGACUGUACUUGUUCAGACUGUACUUGUUCAGACUGUAUUUGUUCUGACUGUACUUGUUCUGACUGUACUUGUUCUGACUGUACUUGUUCAGACUGUACUUGUUCAGACUGUAUUUGUUCUGACUGUACUUGUUCUGACUGUACUUGUUCAGACUGUACUUGUUCAGACUGUACUUGUUCUGACUGUCGAGGCUGUAACACGAAUUCUAAUGCCAUCCUUUGUCUUUGAUCUUUGGCGAUCUUGAACAUUCUGUAAUUCAGAAUUGUCAUGACACAAAUGGCGGCUAACUGUAGGAUGACCUCCAACCAUGCAACGGGUUGUGAAGUAUAACAUUCUCUCUCAUCGGUGCCCAUGUCAAUAUAUAUGAGUGGGAGCUGAACCAAGGCAGCUAACCAGAUACAACUGAGAAGUAUCUUAGUUCUUCGUAUUCUUACGAUCAGUGGAUAUUGCUGCGGCUUCGCUAUAUACAGAUAUUUGUCAACUGUGAUGGACAGCAGAAUCAUUAUGGAAAGGAAUAAGGAAACAUAAAAUGUGGUAAAUUUUAUCUUGCAAAACACCAAUCUUUCAUCUCUCACUUCUGCAUGAAAGAACCGAACAAUUCUUUCUGGAUAAAGUGUUAAGCAGACGAGAAGAUCAGCGAAGGCAAGAUGUGUAACCAACCAGCUGCUUGGAGACUUGUCGUGGUUCAGAAAAUUGUGAUAAAUAAUAACUGCAAUGUUUCCCAACACACCAACAAAUAAGUAGAUGAAACUAAAUACCACUGAGAUAACACUAUGAUCACGGUCACGUUUGCUUGGGUAAAAAGAUCUUGAGUUUGUCCAAUUAUAAUUCAUCGUUGUUCCUUGUUCUUCUUUCCAAUACUGCAUGUCCGUUGCGUGUAGGAAACAUCUGGCAACACUUCAAACAUUGCGUUGCUUUUAAAACAAAGCAGCUUUUGUAGACAGGCGACUUAAGUGGCCUGUCAUUUUAGCGCAAUUUUAAGCAUCAUUCAUUUUAAAAAUUAUUUUAAGUUAACGUUGUUUUGGAGUUGUAUUUAUCCAUUUCUUUUCAUUAAACAUCAACCGGCCAUAAUAGAUAAAUACACAUUAAUAUUUAUAGUCAUAUAUAUAACAUUUACCAGAGUAACAGCUGCUAUCAGACAUCGAAGGAAGACAUUCCGAAAUGUCAAUAACAUCGUUCCUAACUUUGCCUUGUAGCUCAGACGGUAGAGCAUCUUCUAGAAAUAUGAUGGUCGUGGGUUCGGUUUGGUUGCGAAUUGUUGUAAAAUGAAGAAAAAUGUACAUAUUUGCAUUACGUGCAGGAAAAACAACCAUUUUUUGUGCCGAAAGUGGAUAUUUUUCCACUUGUAGUACAAGUAUAUACAAAAUUUGCGAACUUCACGGGUCUAUAUUGUUUUACAAAACGUAGCAACCAACUUCGUUUUACAACAUGUAGCAACAGAUUUUUGCAGUUUUACUCUUUCUAAGAUGCUCUUUCUAGCUCUGGUGUUGGAUUUCGUCCUUCUUAAUGGACAACUUGCAUGUUAGACUAAAUUUUAAUCUAAGCAUAGAAAAGGGAAUCAAACACCACAGGUAAAAAGAGCAUACUGAAAUUAGUAAAAGUGCAAAAUUUGGCUGCGAAAUGUUGUAAAGCUUGGAAAAUAUAGCCUUGCAAAGUUUGCAUAUUUUCAGUAUAUUUGUAUUACGAGCGGAAAUUGUUACCAUUUUCGGCUCAAAAAUGGUAACAAUUUCCGCACGUAAUACAAAUAUACUGAAAAUAUGCAAACUUUGCAAGGCUAUAUUUUUCAAGCUUUACAACAUUUCGCAACCAAAUUUUGCAAGUUUACUAAUUUUAAUAAGUUCUUAACGGGAAUUUACUUUUUUUUUGCCUAGAUCGGUUAGAUCAAAAAUUUGUCUAACAUGCAAGUUGUCUAUUGCCUUGAUCAAAAUUUAGUGUAUAGCUGGAAUCACCCAUUCGUAAAAUACGCAAAAGCAAAACGGCUGGUGGGACGUAGCGACCGUAACUACGGAGUGUCGGAAGUAUGAAUUACAUAUUGUAUUCAAACCCAUUUAUCCAUCGUGCUUUUCGCGCAUAGAGGCCGAGGUUAAUUAAUUGCGGUUUGAAAUUCUGACUUUGAACGGGCAACCUUAAUUCAAUUAGCUAUAUAUACACAUGAACUUGAGGUUACAGCUCGACAACCAGGACGGUCGACGCUAUAGGAGGGAGAGGGUGGGGGUGUCACUCCCUUCUGAAAACAUGUCGGCAAAAUAAUAGAUUUAUCGGCAAAUUGUUUUGUAGACAUCGAGAAUAUUAGAGUGGCUGGGAUUAAAGAUUAAUAGUUAUAGCAAAAAAUUUGAUUAAAUUACCAAAAUAUUACCGAAAAUUCAUGAGAUUAGGGUACAUCAAUCUGAAAUGUUGUCGGCAAAUGUGAUACUACUAUCCAGGCCUAAAAAAAGUACCUGUGGUUCCGGUUUCAUAUCGCGAAAAAAUUAGGGUCGGUAGGUCGGAAAUAAAUUUUUUUUUGAAUAUUUUUUUCAUGGUUUUUUCAAUAAUUAGUGUGACAACAGACGCCAUUUUGGCGGCAGUCCGCAACCACCCGGCGAAAAUAGGGUCGCACGGUCAAUCGCGUUGAAAAAUAAUAGGGUCGGCAGAAAAAAAUAGGGUCGGUAGGGUACCGGAAUCUCAGGUAGGUUUAGGCCGCAUCUUCCCGCUUUAGCCUCUUCGCUACGGCCUGUCGACAACUGUGUCUCUGUAGCUCAGUUGGUUAGACUGCUGUACCAGAAUUGCAGGUUCGAUUCCUGCCAGAGGGUCGGUAGUUGCAUUUUUUGCAACUGCUCCUGGGUAGGUCUAAUAAUUGUAUAUAAAUUCCACUCAAAAUUACCGUCCACAAAUCUUUUCAACAUUACUUUCUAUGUUGUAUAUUUUCCAGGUUUAUGCUGUUGUUGAUGAAAUGUUCUUAGCGGGAGAGAUUCGGGAGACAAGUCAAAGUAAAGUGCUUAAACAACUUCAAAUGCUGCAGCAAUUAGAAUGAUUUUUGAAUAUUUUCUGAAUAUUAGAUUGAAGAUAUGCAUCACAUACAUGUAUAUGUGAAUUUGAUUGCUUCGGCAAUAAUAUACAACUACCAUACUAUUAUGUUACUUUUGGUUUCGAAUCGCUUUUAAAUCGUAUUUUCAUUUGAAUCAAUGUUUCUUUGGUAAUUUGAAAGAAAUUUGAGACCAAGAGUAUCAGAAAUUGUAUAACAUUUAUUCUUAGAAAUAGUUCAUCGUCGUGCGGUGCAUGUUUAUAAACCUCCCAAAAUGCCCCACUCUGAGCCACAACUGCUGUGUAUGACCAGUGAGCUCUAUGUAUGCCUGGAGCAAGAAUUUCAGUCAUUUGGCCUCAGUGAACUCUAUUUAGACUGGAACGAUAACUUGGCCGCCAUCUUUGAAGCCAAUAUGAAGCUGAAUUGACGUACAGUGCCAGUCCCUUUAUAUUGUUUUUGUAAGCGCGGUUGACAACCGCGCUUACAAAAACAAUAGAAACGGACUGGCACUGUACGUCAAUUCGGCUUCAAAUUGGCUUCAAAGAUGGCGGCCAAAUUACAGUCAGUUAUCGUUCCAGUCUAAAUAGAGUUCACUUUUCGGCCUAUGAGAAAAGUGAAGCCAUGAUGGCAGCCAUUGAUGUCCAAUAGCUCUGAAGGUUUUAUACAAUUUUUUCUUACGGACCAUAUCGCUUAUCAAGUUUUCAGUUCAUAAAAUCAUGUUAGUUGACUUCAAACCGAAGUCAAAAUACGAAAUUUAGCCACACUCCUUGCCAAGAUGGCGGAAAUUGAAGAGCUAUAGUAUGUCAGUUCCAGUUCCUUUCUAUUGUUUUUGUCUGCGCGGUUAAAACGAAGCUGGCUUCACUUUUUGUACUCGAAUUCUCGCUUCAGUUAUAUAUGGAGCUCACUGUAUAUGAAAGGUGUUUUUAUUGAAAAAAUAAACUGUUAUAUCCCCCAAAAUUAUCUGAUUUGGAGAUUAUCAGUGUCCAUACUACAUCAGUAACAAUUGUUUUUGAAGUAGAAUUUAGAACGACUCACUCCAAAAAUUCUAACUCAAUUCUAUUGCACCCAUAUGCAUAUAGUGACUCAAAGUAUUGGGUAAAUUUGCUCAAAUUUUAUUCGAGUAAAGUAAAUAUUUACUUCAAAAAUUGAAUACAUUUGAAGUUGUACUCAAAACAUUUGCUCAUCAAUUUGAGUAAUUUUGCUCACGUUUUUUAGUACAAUUAGUCGGGUUUUUUCCAUAGAAAUAAUAGAGAUCUAUUAUUUUGUGGGUUUUUUUGCAGUGUUUGAUAAUGAUUUCAUGCGUCCUGAUUUCAUACGAUUAGUGAUCCUUUUAUGGUGGUUUUUACUCCAUACAAUUGUGAAAUAAUGUAAUCAGAUACCCUUUCCUCUACUGUAUCACUGCUUCAAUGAUAUUUAACACUAAUUAUUGACUGGGAUCGAAGGAAACAGUAUGAUAUGUUUUGUAGACCCGAGACUGCCAUGAAACGUUGUCAAUCGAGGGUCCGCAAAACAAACUGUUUCCCCGAAAGUCCCACUCAGUGAGUAUUUUAUUAUAUACCAAGGUUCGGUUUUCAAAGGUGGAUUAGCGCUGUAAUUUUCGGUUAAAGUUUAACCAGCUGUUUUGGUUUGUGUAUAUUUGUACACGUCUGAUUAUUUUAAAACCCCAGGGAGGUAAACUCCUACCAAUCCAGUCAAGAUUUCUGAAGAAACAUUUCUAAAUUUAUUAACAAGCUGUCGGGAAGUUUGCUUUGUAUUUUAGAUUAACCUAGGGUUAGGCUAAUCGACUUUCGAACAACCGACCUCAGGUGUGAAAGAAAUAAAAUAAGAAAUGGAUAACAUCCGUGAUGUUUGAUUUAUAACUCGACGGUUUUACUAUUCACCAGUAAAUAUACCGCUCGGAGCGCGUGAUGCCAGGAAACAGCUUUCGUCCAGUGAGGUGCAAGAAAACAUGAACUUUGACACUUGGUAUAUAAUAAAUACAUUUAUAAUCAUGUAAAUAACAAUUUCAAAUUUGGUACAUUGAUUAAAUGUUACUCCGAACUUCAAGC